AGCCCAGCGGCGCCGAGAGCCAGCAGCUGCAGCCGAGCCUGGUCGAAGCCGCUGCACCGGUCCAGACGGUCCCGCCCGCGGGUGGCAGGGCUCCUGAGAAUGGAGGAUUCCAGGGAGACUUCGCCAUCCUCCAACAACUCCUCGGAGGAGCUCAGCUCUGCCCUGCAGCUGUCCAAGGGCAUGUCUAUCUUCCUCGACAUACUGAGGAGAGCAGACAAAAAUGAUGAUGGGAAAUUGUCCUUUGAAGAAUUCAAAGCAUAUUUUGCAGACGGAGUUCUCAGUGGAGAAGAAUUACAUGAGCUUUUCCACACCAUUGAUACACACAAUACUAACAAUCUUGACACAGAGGAACUAUGUGAAUAUUUUUCUCAGCACUUGGGCGAGUAUGAAAAUGUACUAGCAGCACUUGAAGACUUAAAUCUCUCCAUCCUGAAGGCAAUGGGCAAAACAAAGAAAGACUACCAAGAAGCCUCCAACUUGGAACAAUUUGUCACUCGGUUUUUAUUGAAGGAGACCUUGAAUCAGUUGCAGUCUCUCCAGAACUCUUUGGAAUGUGCCAUGGAAACUACCGAGGAGCAAACUCGUCAAGAAAGGCAAGGCCCAGUUAAACCAGAAGUCCUGUCUAUUCAAUGGCCUGGAAAGCGAUCAAGCCGCCGAGUCCAGAGACACAAUAGCUUCUCACCCAACAGUCCUCAGUUUAAUGUCAGCAGUCCAGCCUUGCCAGAAGAAGACAACCAGUGGAUGACCCAGAUAAACAGACUCCAGAAAUUAAUUGAUAGACUAGAAAAGAAGGAUCUGAAACUCGAACCUCUGGAAGAAGAAGUUAUUGGAGGGAAUACUAAACCUCACAUCAUGCUCGUGCAGCGCCAGAUGUCUGUGAUAGAAGAAGAUCUGGAAGAAUUCCAGCUUGCCCUGAAACACUAUGUGGAGAGUGCUUCGGCCCAAAGUGGCUGCUUGCGCAUUUCUAUACAGAAGCUUUCAAAUGAAUCUCGCUACAUGAUUUAUGAAUUCUGGGAGAACAGUAGUGUGUGGAAUAGCCACCUUCAGAUGAAUUACAGCAAGACCUUCCAAAGAAGUAACGUGGAUUUCUUGGAAACUCCGGAACUCACAUCUACUAUGCUAGUUCCUGCUUCAUGGUGGAUCCUGAACAACAACUAGAUGUCUAGACAUUUUCUUUAUUGUUCCAAGCACAAAACAAGUGUUCCUAUUUAAAAUUCUCUCUGCUUGCUGAUCUGUGGUGUACUUUUGUUCAGUGUGUUUACUCUAGUGAACUCUUCUAAAGUGUAUUCUGUACAUUGCCAAAUGUACUGUUGCUCGCAAUCUUUGAUACUACUUUGCUACACUGUAAUCCAUCAUUGUGGCAAAGUCCUAUGUGAAAAAUACAUUUAUGUAUAAAGUGAUAAAACUGUGAAAACUAUGAGAAAAUGCUAAGUGAGAACUUUUAGAGCAUUACUUCAUAGGACAGAUUUUUGUAAACUGUCAUAUACUAUAAAAGAUUAAAUUAGUGCUUUGUGACUUUCCUAGUAAUACAUGUUUCUGUGAGAGAAGCAUUCUUCAGUAAGGUCUACUCCAUUUUCAUCACAUGAUCCCACAACUAUUCUCUUAAUAAUUCUUUAAAAGUGAAUAUAGAUGCAUAAAACAACCUUGGUUAUAGCCUGCAGAAACCCUACCCACCUGUCAUGCUGUAACCUGCUAUUUUGCCAGUGAACAAUUCCGUGGUAAGUUAUGGUACCAUUUAUUAAUAUAACACCAUUAUUCGUUAGUAUCAUAAUUUUCUGUAAGUUAAACAUUAUCAAUCAAAAAAGAAAGUUUUUACUUUGGGGACGUUAGAUCUAAGUUUUAUAGCAUAAAGUUUUGGUAUAUGGCCCAGAUAGCUAACUUUCCGUACGAAAAACAGACAUUUGCAUUUAAAUAAAUAUUUUUAAAGACAGUACUUUAAAACUAAAAUUUAAACACAAGUGAAUAAAGAGGAAAUUUAAAACAAGCAGCUUUAGGGCUGAACAUUCGUUUCAUAGUUUCUACAAUAGGAUAAUGAAGACUGUAUACUUGAUCUGCUCUUCUCUCCAAGCUCUAGCUACAGACACUAUGACAAUACAAGUAGAGAUGUGCUACCGUCUUAUUCUUUAGUCCAAAUUCCUGUGAAACCUGGGUUGGGGGUGAUGUCUUCAUGAAAAACAUGUCAAAUUUUCCUUCUUACAUUGGAAACGGGAAAAGGAAGAUUGAAUGAAAUCUUUAAUUUCAUAAAUACAAGGUUUGACCUACAGUAUUGUCUAAGCUAACUUGUGGAGCACUGGUUUUGCUUUCAGUCUUCAAUCUAAAUAAAUUUUAUAGUUUUGUUAGAUGUAAAUAGCAAAUUUUGGCAUACACACAUAAAAUAUAUGUGUAUAGCUGUGUUCAACGCUGAAGAUGAGAACUAUGAAUCAAUGUCUGGCUUAACUCUUUUAACAGAUAUGCAAAGCAAAAACAUGGACUUAUACAAUGGUUACUGAGAUAAACUAUACACAUGUACAAAAAAACGGUCUUUGUGGUCUCAAUCUGAUUGUACACAGUGAAACAAGACUGAAAGACCUUUAUAUCUAUGGGACCUUCAACAUACAAACUCUUCUUCAAAAUGCUGGUUAUAAGUGCUUUAGAAAUGCAAAUUAUUAUCAACAAAACAUUGGCUUAAUUGGUCCACUUCAGUAUCCAACUCAAAACAAACAAACAAAACCCAAAAAUCUCAUUGGUACCAGAUAGUUUCCAUAAAGUAGCAUGGUAAUAAUAUAAGUGAAAAAGGGUUCUGCUUAGCAACAGAGCAUGUAGAAAAGCCUUCUGCUUGUAAAUUUGAGUGAGUUUUAUAAAUAUUUCAAGAAAGAAUCAGAACUUGUAAUAAAUCAAGUAAUUCCAAUAGUAAUUCUGAUCUCAGCUUUUUACAUGUAAAUUUUUGGAUGUUUGCAAGACUGUGUGUGUUAGUAUGUGUGAAUACACAUUUAUACACACACUAAAACCUAUGACAACAAAGGAAAAUAGUAGGGAGCAAAACAUACAUGAAAAAAUGGAGCCACGAGUAUAAAUAUUUCAUUUUUAAAUUAAGCAAUAAAUUUGU